AUGGCGCUGAGCGCGGGCGCAGGGGCGCGGGCUGGGGGUCUGGGGUGCGCAGAGCGCGGGGUGCGCGUUGCGUCGCGCAGCGCCCUAGAGCCCGCUGUGUUCCUGGCUCCCGCCUUACCAUCCGGUUUGCUGUCCAACAAGUCCCUUUGUGCUAACAGCCAGUCGAGGCCCUGUGAGGAGGUACUGCGUGGGGGCCAGACAGGCAGCAGUGGAGAGGAAGAAAGGCCGCAUGGGGACAUCUUCCAGGCUAUUUCUGCAUUUGAAAUUCAGCCAGUUUCCACAGAAGUCCAGGAAGGGGGAGUUGCGAGGUUUGCAUGCAAGAUUUCAUCAAAUCCCCCAGCAGUGGUAACGUGGGAGUUUAACCGGACAGCUCUGCCUCUGAGGACGGACAGGAUGGCUGCCCUGCCCACAGGAGUGCUGCAGAUCUACGACGUGGGCCUGGGGGACGUGGGCAGCUACCGCUGCGUGGCUGCCACCAUGGCCCACAGGCGCAGGAGUGCAGAGGCCAUGCUCACCGUCACCCCAGCUAUGGAGUCCAAGCCCUUCCACACCCCAACCAUCAUAGCGGGGCCACAGAAUGUCACAGCGUCGCUGCACCAGACUGUCGUUCUGGAAUGCAUGGCCACCGGAAGUCCCAAGCCGAUCAUUUCCUGGAGCCGUCUUGACCACAAGUCCAUCGAUGUCUUCAAUACUCGAGUGCUUGGAAACGGCAACCUCCUCAUCUCAGACGUCCGGCUGCCCCAUGCUGGGGUGUAUGCAUGUAGGGCUACCACCCCGGGCACACGGAACUUCACUGUUGCCAUGGCAACCUUGACUGUCCUAGCUCCUCCUUCAUUUAUCGAGUGGCCAGAAAGCGUAACAAGGCCCCGCGCCGGCACUGCUCGGUUUGUGUGCCAGGCCGAGGGGAUCCCUGCGCCCAAGAUGUCCUGGCUGAAAAACGGACGGAAGAUGCACUCGAAUGGCAGAAUUAAGAUGUACAGCAGUAAACUGGUUAUUAAUCAGAUUAUUCCUGAAGAUGAUGCCAUCUACCAGUGCAUGGCGGAGAACACCCAGGGCUCUGUGCUGUCUCGGGCCCGGCUGACAGUGGUCAUGUCGGAGGACAGGCCCAGCGCACCCUGCAAUGUGCAUGCGGAGACUGUGUCCAGCUCGGCCAUCCUGCUGGCGUGGGAGAGGCCCCUCUACAACUCCGACAAAGUCAUUGCUUACUCCGUGCACUACAUGAAAGCGGAAGGUCUGAACAACGAAGAAUACCAGGUUGUCCUCGGGAAUGACACGACCCGCUACAUCAUCGACGACCUGGAGCCGGCCAGCAACUACACGUUCUACAUCGUGGCCUACAUGCCGCUGGGGGCCAGCCAGAUGUCAGCCCACGUGACGCAGAGCACGCUGGAGGACGUUCCACUGAGGCCUCCAGAGAUCAGCCUGACAAGCCGAAGCCCCACCGACAUCCUCGUCUCCUGGCUGCCCAUCCCAACCAAGUACCGCCGGGGCCACGUGGUGCUGUACCGCCUGACCUUCCGCCUGAGCACCGACAGUGCCGUCCAGGUCCUGGAGCUUCCAGGCACCUCACACGAGCACCUGCUGCAGGGCCUGCGGCCAGACAGUGUCUACCUGGUGCGCAUCACGGCAGCCACUCGGGCGGGGCUGGGGGAGUCUUCGGUAUGGACCUCGCACAGGACGCCCAAGGCCACCAGUGUGCAAGCCCCCAGGUCUCCGGAGCUGCGCCUGGAGCCUCUGAACUGCACCACCCUGUCCGUGCGGUGGCAGCGUGAUGCCGCAGACCCUGCUGCCAUCCAGGGCUACAAGCUGUUCUACAAGGAGGAGGGGCAGCAGGAGCACGGACCCAUCAUGCUGGGCCCUGGCGAGCUCCUGCACACGCUCAGUGGCCUGGACCCCAGAAGAAAGUACCACGUGAGGCUGCUGGCUUACAACAACGUGGAGGACGGCUACCAGGCUGACCAGACCGUCAGCACACCGGGAUGCGUGUCUGUGCGGGACCGCGUGGUCCCUCCCCCGCCGCCACCCCACCAUCUCUAUGCCAAGGCCAACAGCUCCUCCUCCGUCUUCCUGCACUGGCGGAGGCCUGCAUUCACUGCCGCACAGACCGUCAACUACACCAUCCGCUGCAACCCCGUGGGCCUGCAGAACGCCUCCCUGGUGCUGUACCUGGAGACAUCAGAAACACAUAUGCUGGUUCAGGGCCUGGAGCCCAACACCAAGUACGAGUUUGCGGUCCGGCUGCACGUGGGGCAGCUCUCCAGCCCCUGGAGCCCCGUGGUCUACCACAGCACACUUCCAGAGGCACCGGCAGGCCCCCCCGUUGGAGUGAAAGUGACGCUGAUCGAGGAUGACACGGCCCUGGUUUCCUGGAAGCCCCCCGACGGCCCUGAGACAGUGGUCACACGCUACACAAUCCUGUAUGCACCCAGGCAGGCCUGGAUCGCAGGAGAGUGGCAGGUCCUUCACCGCGGAGGGGCCAUCACCAUGGCUCUGCUAGAAAAUCUGGUGGCCGGAGAUGUGUACACUGUCAAGAUCUCUGCGUCCAACGAGGUAGGAGAAGGGCCCUUUUCCAACUCAGUGGAGCUGGAAGUGCUUCCAAAGGACCCUGCUGGAUCAAAUCAGCGGCCCAAGCGUUUAGAUUCUACGGAUGCCAAAGGCUACUUGGGCUAUGACCACCUGGACCAGAAGUCGGUGGCAGGCAUUGCAGUGGGCGUGGGCACCGCCUUGACCUGCAUCCUGGUCUGCGUUCUCAUCCUGAUCUGCCGGAGCAAGGCCAGGAAAUCGUCAGCCUCCAAGACGGCACAGAGUGGAGCUCAGCCUCUCACUGGCUCCUCCACAGCUACCGGAGCCCAGGUGGAGAAGAGGCUGGGCAGAGCCUCGGGGGACCUGGAGUCCUCCAUGCUGGCCACCCUGCCGCGCAGCUUCCUGGAUGCCAAGGGAGGAACUGACCUGAUAAUUAAUAGCUAUGGACCCAUAAUUAAAAACAACUCUAAGAAAAAGUGGUUAUUUUUCCAGGACUCUGGGAGGAGAGUUGAGCAGGGGUGCUCCGGGCAGGGGUGCUCCGGGCCCGGGGCUGACCCCGCGGGCCUGACCUGCGGCCCGCUCGGAGGACACUCGCCCCUCCGGCGCGAGCGAGGCCUGUUGAAGACGUGGGCUGCUCGAGGAAACAAGCGGGUCUUCGCCUGCGCGCAGGAAUCCCACUCCGAGGCCGCCACGGCCACGGCCACCUGGCUCCGCCUGGUACUCAGCCGUGGUUGCACACUCAUGCAGAAAAUCGGUCCUUAA